AUGAAGCGUUGGGCGCCAUCUCUUGGGCUCCUGGCAUACCUAGCGACCCUGGUCGCCGGCAAUGAGAUAAAACUCAACCAAGAUGACGCGAACCGUCAACGAUGCAGUGGCAUGUACAGUCGGAAGUCCUGGGGCGGCUCCGUUGAGCCCUUCAUCCUUGUAAAAUAUUUGCCGGAUCACACUGAAGAUGACACCGACCCCAUCUCUUCGCUGAUCAUAUUCGAAUGGACGGACGAACCCCUAAUCGGGCGCAUGCCUGCCGGGAGCACCGAAUACCGCGACCUUCAAACGAUAUGCAACUCAGACGCUGUGGCCCAGAAUCUUUGUGAAGAGAAGGACAUUGGCUCGUUCAUCCUUGCGCCUAAUGCUACAUCUCUUGCUCAAAAUCCCAUAUUCAAUGAGGCAAUACACCUGAAAGACCCGAAGGCCAUCAACUACCCGAUACGCCGGACGGGAUACUACUGCGUCAGCACCUAUGCCUUCAGUGACCAUGAAUAUGACGCCGUCGUUGAAUUCCGCAACAGCUACGGCGAAUUGCCCGCUGCGCAGAUUGCCAAACUCCCAUUUUAUGGGGGGUUGACGAUCGUCUAUGCGGUGCUCGGCGUAUUCUGGGCGUUUCUGUACGUCCAGAACAGAUCUGACAUUCUUCCUGUACAGAACUACAUCACUUUCACGAUUGUGUUCCUGAUCGUGGAACAGCUCAUGACCUGGGGCUUCUAUGACUACCAGAACCGCCAUGGUAACAAUACUCUGAACAAGAUGUUCAUGAUUGUCGUGUCAAUACUCAAUGCUGGUCGCAACUCACUGUCAUUUUUCCUCCUACUCAUUGUAUGCAUGGGUUUCGGUGUGGUCAAGCCCAGUCUGGGACGGACGAUGAUAUAUGUGCGAAUUCUUGCCGCAGCACAUUUCAUCUUUGGCGUCAUUUACGCCAUCGCCAGCAUGGCCGUGACCCCCGAGUCCGUCGGACCCCUCAUCCUCUUCGUCAUUCUACCACUCGCCGGAACUCUCACGGCUUUCUAUGUCUGGACCCUGAGCAGUUUGAACGUCACGAUCAAGGACCUUGUGGACCGGAGACAGAAGACGAAGGCGCUGAUGUACAAGAAAUUGUCGUGGUGUAUUCUUGGAUCGAUACUGGUUAUCUUUGCUUUUUUCUUCAUAAAUAGCUUCGCCCUCGCCGGGAGUGGCGAGAGCGACUUUGUACCGAGACAUUGGCAAACACGAUGGUUUGUCUUGGAUGGCUGGCUCAAUCUCGUGUACCUAUUCGACAUCGCAUUCAUUGCAUACUUGUGGAGACCGACGGCGAAUAAUAGGCGAUUUGCGAUGAGUGAUGAGUUGGCACAAGACGAUGACGGCUUUGAAAUCAGAAGCAUUGCCGAUUCCCUAUCGGAUGAUGAGGAGGCAGCACGUAAAGACCACGAGCGCGACGUCAGCCCGCCAGGAGGAGCCAGUUCGUCGCUCACGGAUGCUGUUAACGUCUCGCCGCCGAGGAAAGCCUCGCCUGCUCCCGCAUUGCAGAAUAGCAGCAGAGAACCCCCGAACCCCCCGCGGGUCAGAGAGUCACUGGACGGAGAGACGAUUUUCGCCGUUGGCGAUGAUAACAUCGAGUGGAGCGACGGGGAAGAAGACAGUGACGAUGAAAGGAAGAAAUUGACCAGUAAAUAA